UCUGUUUUCUACAGCGUUUUGGUCUUGUGCAAACCCCAGGAGCCUAGUAUCCUACUAGUAUUUUAGAAAUCUUGAAUUUAAGGAUCUAGAUUGCAUUUCAUGUUUAGCAUAAUAUUAAUAUGUUUUUGAGGGUUUGUCAUUUCAUGGGUUGAAGAUGUUCUCUUAACAAUACUCCUGCCGUGAUGGUUCUUUAGUCUCUAGAUAUCUGCACAUUUAAUAAUAAAUGCCCUCAUUAAUUUUUUCCAGUCACUCACUCACCACACAAUCCCCCUCCUCACCUCCCCUAUCCUACUGAAUGUGUUAAUAUCUCACAUUCUUGAUUGAGGGAAUGUUCUGCGUUUAGUAUAUUGGUUAUGUUUAGUAUCUGUAACAUACUGAAUAUACUUUCAAUUUAAUAUUUUUUCAAUAUUUUAUAAGCUUUCAAAACUGUAUUUUAGCGUCGUUCCAGGACACUGAACUGUAGACUGCUAUAAGUGCAUUCAUGUUAUUAUAAUAAAUAAUAUUACAUCAAGGCCACAAUUUCAUGAUGGAUAAAAUCAAGACCCAUCCUAUAUUUUUCCAAAUAUCCAGUUUUGGAAUAAAAAAAUAUUGCAAUAUAUGAAUAUUAAAAUGGACUGCAAAGGCCAGUUCAUGUCAAAUUACGCCCUGAAUGUUACUUUAAAUAAGACCUUAUUUAAAGAUCUUAACAUGCCGUGGUACCUGAGAAUUUUCAUCAUCUCCUCCAGCCCACCCCUCUACUGUCAUGCAUAAUCAUAUUAUGCAUAUUCGUCACGCCUCAUCUGCAUAUUCACAUGUGGGUGGGGUGUGUCUCAUAUCUCCUCCCCUUUUCUCCUCCCCUCAGGACUGCACCUGUAUCUCUACUCACUCACAAGUCCAGUCCAUCAGCAUAGAGGAGCAGUAUGAAGACAUCAGCCACCAGGUCUCGAGCAGUGAUGUCUCUCCGUGUUCUGUGUUGACGGCUGACGAUGACGUCACAGGUCUUUCCACUGACCCCGCCCACUAUCAGCUGCUGUCACAUCUGGGGCGGGGCUUCAAUAACCUCAGUCAGGUGAGCAUGGCGCGUCACACUCCAUCCGGUCGGCUGCUGGUGGUGAAAAACACAAAUCUGGAUGAGUGUACGGAAGAUGAGCUGUUGCAGUUGAUGAACGAGGUUUUGUUGUCCAGGUUGUUUCGACACCCAAAUCUUCUGACGUCCAGACUGGUGUUCACCUCGUGCUGUGAGCUCUGGGUUCUGUCUCCGCUCAUGAGUUACGGUUCUGCAGACUCUCUGCUGAGGGCGUAUUUUCCAGAUGGAAUGAGUGAGUCGCUGAUAGCAUAUUUGCUGUAUGGGGUGUUGAAAGGCCUGGAGUACCUGCACCACAUGGGAUAUGUGCACAGGGGUGUGAAGGCAAGUCAUGUGUUGUUGUCGGCAGAGGGUCGUGUGUGUUUGUCAGGACUUCAGAGUGUGUACAGUCUAAUGAAGGAUGGAAAGAGGACGAGGGUAGUGUAUGAUAUGCCUCAGCACAGUCCGUCUCUUCUGCCAUGGUUGAGUCCUGAGCUACUGAGACAGGAUCUUAAUGGCUAUGGUGUGAAAUCGGACAUCUACAGUCUAGGAAUCUUGGCUUGUGAGCUGGUCACAGGCCGGGUGCCCUUUCAAGACAUGCCGCCUACUCUGAUGCUGCUUCAGAAGUUAAGGGGGUCUCAUUCUUGUCUCCUCGACAUCUCCCCUUACCCACUCGGAGACCUCGGGGCGCUCAAAGUGUCCCGUUCCGGCGUGGAUUCGGGUAUCGGCGAGAGCGUCGCAACUGGAAGUCUGACACGCACGGCCACAGCAGAGAGACCCCAAAGCCCCGGCCCCAAAAACCACUCAGCUACUCUGCACAACCUGGUCGAACUCUGCCUCCAACAACAGCCUGACAGCAGGCCCUCAGCAAGUGCUCUCCGCACCCACCCCUUCUUCAGACAGGUAAAGAAGCACACAAGAGACUCCUUCCUCAGUUUGAUGUAUCCAGCCGUGCCAAUGUCCUGCCCUCCAGACACACCUCCGUCUGAAACCCCAACAAAGACCUGUAACAGCCCCUCUCCCACCAACGAGCCAGAAGAUGAGAUGUGGGACUUUUCCUAACCCCCCUUUAAUUCCAAUUUCACACUCAACCCUAAUAUAGCCUUAUAACACAAUUCCCUUUUCUCCUAAAACAUGGUCUCUUUAAAUAUCGCACAGGUAAUCUUAAAGGGAUGGUUCGUUCGGAAAUGUUAUAUUCAGUCAUCAUUUAUUCAUCAUUUACCCUCUUGUUCGUAACCAGUAAAUGACUCUUUCUUAUGUGGAACACAAAAAAUAUGUUUUGCUAAAUGUGGUCAUACAAUGGAAGCCAACAUUCUUCAAAAUAUCUUCUAUUGUGUUCUGGAGACGAAAGUAAGUCAUACAGGUGUGAAAUGACAUUAGGUUCAGGAAAACAUGAAAACAUUUUUAUUUUGGGGAUAAAUAUCCCUUUAAUUGUCCGCGGAGCUUUUUAGAUAUCUACAAUUAUGAUUUGCUAUGAUUCUUAUCUGCAAAAUUUCAAUGUGCAGUUGUAAAUGUGACCAUGCCUUUACUGAUUUAACCACUUAUCCAUCAUUUAUUGUGUUUAAAAAUGCUUCUACAUUUAGUAUUUCAAGAAUCUGAUAUACGUGUCUAUUAUAAGACUGUAGAUCAGUGGUUCUCAGACAUUUUUGUCAUUAUGCCCCCUUUGUGUAGGGUGCGUUGCUGCUGCCCCCCCCCAAUAAAGACUUAUAAUCUUGUACUUAAAAUUUUAAUAAAAUUUUAAUUAAACCAAAAACAUAUUCACUUAUAGAACUCUGUAACAUCCAUUUAUUAUAAAUUUCUAUAUAUCAUAAAAUGCCACAAAAUCUAUAUCCCCCCGGAUCCAUCUUGGGGCCCCCAGUUUGAGAACCACUGCUGUAGAUCAAUUAUCAUCCAAACCUAUUAUACUGUGCUGUAUUUACUCUCUUUUAGCUGUGCCAAUACUUUCUCAACCAUUAGGAACGUUUUGGUUUGUUAUACUCUGGGAUUUCUUUUGCCUUUACUGAUGGUUUAGAUUCUUCCAUCAUUGGAAUCUGUAGAGACUAGCACACUAACAUUAUCUUACUACUGCUGAAGUAUAUAGUAUGCAUACUUAGAACAGUAUGUAAUUCAUCUGUAUGCACACUGCGUGGAUCACAAUGCAAUAUACCUGAUCUUCCGUUUUCAGUAUGACAAGUGCACCUGACAUAUAUAUACAUACUUUUAUUUUUUUAUAUAUACCUGACAAACAAUGUUUAGGAUCUUACAUUUUUAAGCUCCAAGAUGACAACUAGACACCAUGCGCUGAAUUAAACAUACAUAGCAUAGUACACCAUUGUUUAUAACACAAUUUAACUUUUGUUUUCUAAAGUUGUGUUUCGCUUGCAUUUUUACAGUUUCUUUAUGACGUUUAACAAGCUGAAUUUGAAGAUCACAACAAAAAAAUCCCACAUUUAUACCUUUCGGUAUUAUUACUCGUACGCAGAAAUUACAAGGUACUGCCAUAAGACUGAGCUCAAAACAACAGUUUAACAAAAUCUUUAGAAGUGUAAAUUUGAUCGUUUUUGUAUUUUAUGACUAAUGCUGUCCUCGCGAACCAAGUUCCAGAUGUAGUCACCCAUCAUCUCUUCAUUCCCACGUCCCUCUGCUAAAGAAAUUUCAAGAAUUGUCUGACAGUAACAAUUGGAGAAAAAAAAAAUUAAAUAUGAGAUUUGUUUGACAGUUUUUGUUUAUUUGCAAUAUACUGAUAUAUCAUAAUUAAUUAUAUAAGCCCAAAAUGUGCAUGAGCUAAAUAUACAUAAAAACAUUGAUGCUACAUGAAAUUAAAUAUAAUUGCAAUAAUUAGCACCACAGAAUUGUACAAGAACUAUAAAUAGCAAAAACAUUUUUACACUGUGUGAUUGCACUCUACAUACUUUUUACAUUCAGUUUUUUACGAAAUUGUAUGCAUCAUAUACUGCACAGUAUACUACAAUAAGCAGCACACUUGUAUUCUAUUCCAGGUAUAGCCUUACUUGGAAGUUUGAUCAGACCUUGCUGUUUGAUGUUCAAAAGCAGUCUAUCAGGUCGUGACAUCAAACACUAUAUGUGAGUGAGGUCAUCAAACUGAGCCAUGAGUAUGCAUAUGUGUCAUGUGUUGUUUGUGAAGGACGUUGCCCUGUGCCAGUGAAUUUUAAAGAGUGUCUGUGUACAUAUUAAUGUGUGUGACUGUGAGUAUCUCCGUAGAAACUGCACACAUUUUAAUCCUGUGAAGAAAAGCAAACCAUCAGUGCUGUGCUGUUCCCACCCAUCAAUACUGCCUCAAUAUGCUGUAUGCUCUAAAUGGGAUUUUAAUGAAUCCUGGUUAAACUGAUGAACCGAGCAGCUUUAACUGUGACUGAUAUUCUAUUUGCUGAAGACAUUUUAUGUUUUUUUAUGUUACUUGUAUGAUACAUUUAGACUUAUGAUAAAUAUAUUCUUACCUUGUUUCUUAA